ACACGACAGCCGUGUUCCGGUGCAGACGUGCAACCUGUUCGUUCAGAGCUCCCCGCGUCCGUGUUCAGUGCGUGUGUGGUGCGCGGCGUUCGUCUCCAUGCGGAGUGUGCCAACAAAAGGGGGGAAGGAGUGCAAAUAGAAAAGAAAAAUCUGUCGAAAGAAGAAAAGAAAAGCGAAACGCGAUACAACAGUCAAAACGCGAAAGUGAAAGUGCACCUGGUUCGGUUCAGGGAAAAUCCUUCCCGGAAAAUUCGCGGUGGUAUUCUCCCUUUCGCAUCGAUACUUCCGAGUGCUUUCCCGUCGUGAGUUUUCGUCGCGGGUGUUUUAGUUUUCCGCUCGGGGAAAAGAGGAUUUCCGUUACGGUUGCGCCCGCCCGCCAGCGCACGGGUUCAUUUUUCCCAACCCUUUUUUCCCACGUGGCAAUCGGCAAAGCAAAACAGUGCACAUGUGUGACCAGGGGGGCAAGCGGAAGAAAAAGGAGAAGUUCCAGUACAACAAAUCGAUCAUGGCCGCCACGAGCGUGGUGGUGCUGGACCGGGGCAACAACACGACCUGCACCAUCAAUUUGCACGGUGCAACCGUAGUAUCUUGGCGGGUCAACAACCAAGAGCAAUUAUUUGUCAGUAAACUAGCUGUAUUUGAUGGCAAAAAAGCGAUUCGCGGCGGAAUUCCAUUCGUUUUUCCACAAUUCGGACCAUGGAAUUUUGGCCCGCAACAUGGGUUUGGCCGUGUGGUUCGGUGGACACUGGAACGCGCCCCGGAACGAUUGCCAAGCGGCGACGUGGAGGCCGUCUUUAGCUUAAUGGACAACGAAAUAACCCGCUCGAUGUGGAACUACCCCUUCCGCAUCACGUACCGAUUGAUCCUGCGCGAGAAGGAGCUGCACUUUCACAUCGGCGUGUACAACCCGAGCAAAGAGAUGACCUUCUCCUUCAACCUGUUGCUGCACACGUACCUGAAGGUGCCGGAUGUGCGCCGGUGUCAAAUUACGGGACUGCACGGUUGCACCUUUAUCGAUAAGACACGGGACGGUGCCAUCUACCAGGAAGGCCGGGACGCGGUGACAAUCAACGAAUGGACGGACCGGAUCUACCAGCACACGCCGCAGGAGCACAUCAUCACGAAUGUGGUGUCCGGGCGCAAGAUGCGGCUGCAGAAGUACAACUUCCCCGACACGGUCGUGUGGAACCCGUGGAUGGAGAAGGCCCGCGAGUGCCAGGACUUUGGCGACGACGAGUACCCGAACAUGAUCUGCGUCGAGGCGGGCCACGUCUCGACACCGGUCAUCCUGCUGCCCGGCACCGCGUUCGAGGCGUCGCAAAUUCUUCAGAAUCAACAACAGCAGCAACAACAGCAACAGCAGCAGCAGCAGCAGCAACAGCAACAACCACAGUCCACACCAAAUCAGCAACCGAGUAGCCAACAGCAGGCUCCGCAAACUCAGCAGGCGCAGCAGCAACAACAGCAAGCGGCUCAGGCGGCGGUAGCAGCAGCUCAGCAGCAGGCUCAGCAACAGGCUCAGCAACAGCAGCAACAGCAGCAGCAACAGCAG